AUGCGCCGAACAAGAAAGGAUACAGCAGCUAAACAAGCCAUCGCGUCCGAGAUGACCCAGGAACUUGGCGUGGAUAACACAGCCCUCGCAAAGACUAUCGAGGAGAUCAUGUCCAAGUAUUUUGAAGAAGCGGACGAGAAAUCGGAAGCUCGAAGUAACAGACUCGUAAAACGGCUCGACAACAUGCAUGCCACCCUUUCUCGACACACGGAAGACAUUAAGGCUCUGCGCUCAGAUACCACGCAACUGCAAGAGCGUGCGUCUGGAACCGAGAUGCAGUUACAAUCCCUCUCCGAAAAAAUUGUGGAGAUGGAGGAUCCAACCAUAAAGCUAUCCCGGGACCACGACAGCUACACGUUCAGCGAGCCAGGUGAGGCCGAAAAGUUUGUGGCUGCUUACAAAGCUGAGAACGGGUGA